CUGACAGCAGUAUUAUUGUGUUUUAUGAGUCAAACAGGUAAGUAAUUUGAAGACUUGUUUCAACAUUAGUCAACCAGAUGUGAUGUGAUGUCGGAUAAGCGUCAGCGUGUCAGAGUCCAGGGCUCCUGGGCCAAACCACAGCCAAAACAACCAAGACCUUCAGCUGCAGUCCCAAACAACCAACAACCCAAAAGUACCAACCCAGCUCCUGCUUCUUGGGGAUGUGGUUCACAGAAAACACCGAACACUUUUGAGUUUCACCAGCCCACCAAGCCAAUUAGAGAUGUUCCACCAGAGAAGGUUAUAGAACAUGCAGGUGAUUAUGAGAUCAGCCAUGCACCAUCAGGAGUGUCCAGACUGCGGCUGCUGCCUGGGUUUCUCUCCCUAGAAGAGGCUGACUGGAUGUUCAGUAAGCUGCUAGCAGAGCUUCCCUGGUCCCAGAAGACCAACAUCAGACAGGGCGAUGCAUACGAGGAGCCCAGGCUGACCUGCUGGUAUGGAGAGUUGCCCUAUACGUACGCUCGCUCCACCAUGGCUGCUAACAAUCAGUGGCAUCCAUUGCUGUUAACCCUUCGCGAAACAGUGGAACAGGUGAGCAGAUGCAGCUUCAACUCCCUGCUGUGCAACCUGUAUCGGGACGGGCACGACAGCAUCGGCUGGCACAGUGACGACGAGGCCACCUUGGGUGACAAGCCCACCAUCGCCUCCCUCAGUCUCGGCGACACCAGGGUGUUCAGCCUCCGCAAACAGCCUCCGCCGGAGGAGAAUGGUGACUACACCUACGUGGAGCGGAUUCGGGUUCCUCUGAGUCACGGGACGCUGCUGCUGAUGGAAGGAGCCACACAGGAUGAUUGGCAGCAUCAAGUUGCUAAAGAGUACCAUGACCGAGGUCCACGCAUCAACCUGACCUUCAGAAAUAUCUACGCAGAGCCGGAGGGCCACAGGCCGGGGACCAAGCUGCGCUUCACAGCCGAGCAACCAUAAACUCCCCUCAGAGGUACUUAGAGCUGAGGAAACUGUGUCCUACAGAUACUGCUACAUCUCAUGGUUGACUGAAUAAGUGACUUAGAGAUUUUGACAAAUGUUAGAACAUAGCAUGUGAGCUGUAUCGUCUUGCUCAGUGAGCCACAGCACAGCAGGACGUAGAGCUUCAUCCAACUUUAACAGUUUGCAGCUCCGCCUAAAAUUACCUGCUACAUAAUUGAACCAUAAUAACAGCAAACCCGCAACCAGUGGUGAUUAUCAGAUUUCAGUGUUUUCAGAAUAGCCAAACAGAAGAAUGGGUGAUAAUAAGCGAUAAAAUGUCACAUUGUCUAUAUUUAAUUUUUUCAGCACAGACAGUAAUGUUGCUCAUGCUCAUUUAAGACCAUAAUCUAAAAAAAAGUCUUCAGUCUGGAUGUUUUGUACCUAAAAAUCUCAGGAAUCAUGUAUGUUGGUGGUGAAUAAAAUGAGUCCUGGAUGGGAAAAAGCAUUUCCAGAUCAACCAGCAAAGAGGUGACGCUGGCUCAGACACCUCAGCCCUCAUUGCUCUAGUUGCCAACACCAAAACAUUGGAAGCUCCUCUGUGUCAGUAUCAGACAUGACCCCUAUUUAGAUUGUUUUAAACAGGAUGUUAGUCUUGUGGUUUGAAAAGUCAGUUUUUGCAUUUCAAUAUAUGUCAUGACACUCAGUGAAAUGUGCUGAGUACUCACUGUACAGCACACAACACAGAUGUGCCUGUUUGUUAAAUGCCCAGAAAAGUUAAUGAUUUCCAGCCUGGUUUGUGUUGGACUGCUUUUUGGAGAGAGCAUAAAAAAAUGAAGAAACGAGUUAAGUGGCCACUUAGGCUAUUACAGCUCCAUUAGGGCUGAAAUUACUUAAUUGUCAUGUUGAACAGGGUUUAUCUGACCUGUUCGCUCAAGAGGCAGGGUUAUUUUUUAGUUAUUUUUGUGCUAAAGCAUCUGAUUUGUCAAGAACCAGCAUCCAAAGAUAAACUUACAAAACUGUUUUUGAAAUACUGUAAGUUUUUUAGUUUGUGUUGUAAAAAAAACCCCAAAAAAAACAAGUCAACGUGGUUGCAUUUAAAAGUGAAAAAUGCAGUGAAAAUUAAGUUUGAAAGACAGGGAAGCAGUUAUGUGUCAGCAACAACUAACGGAGGUAAAUCACUUCCAUACCUGUCAACAGUUACCAUUUAACAUGUAAAAUUGAAUUGAGUUAAAUGCAUUUUUACAGACCACUUCCUUGUUGAGAUAUUCUGUUUACUUAUAUUAUUUAUUCAUGUUCCAACACUAAAGAGUUGCAAUGGUGUUCUUGAUUGCUGUUAUUCUGAAAUAAAAAAUUGAUGUUCAGGUGGAA